AUGGCUGCCAGUGGAGAGGUAGGGAAGCUGUUACAAGUACAAAAUGGGACGCCUCCAAUCACCAACUACAAUGGGGUAGAUGCUGUUCAUGCUUGUAACAUCCUGCAGCAGCUCAAAGCCUUGUACGAUGAAGCACAGCUCACAGACAUCGUUGUAGAAGUGGACCAUGGCAAGACUUUCUCAUGCCACAGAAAUGUUCUUGCUGCAAUCAGCCCAUAUUUUAGGUCCAUGUUCACCAGUGGCCUUACAGAGAGCAGUCAGCGUGAGGUUCGAAUCGUUGGCGUGGAAUCUGAAUCCAUGCACCUUGUCUUAGAUUAUGCCUACACGUCCAGGGUCUCGCUCUCUGAGUCUAAUGUCCAGGCCCUAUUCACUGCAGCCAGCAUUUUCCAGAUUCCUGCACUGCAGGACCAGUGUGCCCAGUUCAUGAUCAGCCGACUUGACCCUCAGAACUGUAUAGGAGUCUUUAUGUUUGCUGAUGCAUAUGGACACCAGGAACUGAGGGAACGCUCACAGGAUUAUAUCCGCAAGAAGUUCUUGUGUGUAUCACGGGAGCAAGAGUUCCUCCAGAUGACCAAGGAGCAGUUGGUCAGCAUUUUGAAUAAUGAUGACCUCAAUGUGGAAAAGGAAGAGCAUGUCUAUGAGAGCAUUGUCCGCUGGCUAGAGCAUGAUCUGCCUGGCCGUGAAGCUCAUCUAGCUGAGGUUUUUUCCCAGUGUAUCCGUCUGCCCUUGCUGGAUGAGGCCUUUCUCAAUCGGAUACCUCCCCCUUUUGCUUGCGCCCUCUCGCUGUCAACAGACCCUGCUGAGGCCAAAGCUCGCCUCACUGGUACAAAUGGUUGUCCACAGCGCCUGGGUAUGACUGCUUCUGAGAUGGUCAUCUGCUUUGAUGCUGCUCAUAAACACUCAGGUAAGAAGCAGACGGUGCCUUGUCUGGACACGGCCACAGGAAGGGUCUUCAAACUCUGCAAACCACCUAAUGAUCUCCGGGAGGUUGGCAUCUUGGUGUCCCCAGAAAAUGACAUCUACAUUGCUGGUGGAUACCGUCCGAGCAACAGCGAGGUGUCCAUAGACCAUCGAGCAGAGAGUGACUUCUGGCAGUACGAGCAUGCAGGCAACCGAUGGCUUCCACGUGCACCUCUUCUGAGAGCCCGGAUUGGAUGCAGGCUUGUGCACUGCUGCGGGAAGCUUUAUGCACUGGGAGGCCGUGUUUAUGAAGGUGAUGGGCGAAAUGCAUUAAAAUCAGUAGAGUGCUAUGAUGCCAGAGACAACUGUUGGACUGCAGUCAGUCCAAUGCCAGUGGCCAUGGAGUUUCACAGUGCUGUGGAGUACAAAGACCGUAUCUACGUCCUCCAAGGGGAAUAUUUCUUCUGCUAUGAUCCCCGUAAGGACUAUUGGAGUCAUCUGGCGCCAAUGAGUGUCCCUCGGAGUCAGGGUCUGGCUGCCUUGUAUAAAAACUGCAUCUACUACAUAGCUGGUAUCUGCAGGAACCACCAGCGUACUUUUACUGUGGAGGUCUACGACAUUGAGAAGAACACAUGGAGCCGCAAGAAAGAUCUACCCUUUGACCAAGCCACAAGCCCGUAUAUCAAGGCCAUGCUGCUGCAAGGCAAGCUACACCUGUUUGUACGAGCUACACAAGUCAUGGUGGAGGAGCAUGUGUUUCGCACUAGCAGGAAGAACUCCCUUUACCAGUAUGACGAUGAGGCAGACGUAUGGACCAAAGUCUAUGAGACACCCGAUCGCCUCUGGGAUUUGGGCCGCCAUUUUGAAUGCGUGGUGGCCAAACUUUAUCCACAGUGUCUCCAGAAAGUGCUUUGAGGUAUCUGAAUUUUGCGGACCCCAUCUCUGAGGCAGAGGGGGGGAUAGUGUGGUCCUGCCUGCCUUGUGCCUGGUGUUACCUUGGGUUUGCACCACAUGCACCAUUUUUGGUUAAGUCUUAAGUUGUUCAACUUCUGGUUUAACAUGAUCAAAAUGGGGGUGCUUUUAAAGAUUGCAGUAUUUUUUUUUCUUUCUUUUUUUUCAAGACAGCACCAACUACCCACACUGAGGCUUGUUUAACAAAACCAUACAAUGACUCAUAAGUGCAAUUAUACUAUUUUUUUUUGCUUGUUGUCGAGCCAUGUUGUUCUAUUUUUGUGUUAGGUGCAUAAAUACACCAGUCAGCCACAACGUUAAAACCCCUGAGUUGCAGGGUGGGGCCUCUGUGGAUUGGGUUGUAUUAGUGCUAUCUGUAAAUGGUUUUACUGUUGUGGCUGAUUAAUGUGUGUAUGAAUUUUUACAAAUGAUAAGCAUGCGACUGAGGGUGUUGCCUCUGGAGAUAUGGAUGCUAUGUGUCAGCAUAAAGUGAAACUCUAUAUAGAUAUAGAAAUAUUCAAAUAGUCAUAUAAACUAUAUAUUCAUACGGGUAAGAUGAGUACCUUAGGUCAUUAGUAGAUUGCUGGCUCUGAGGUUUGUGUGGAUUUGUUUCCUGUUCUGCGUUUAUGCCUCUCUUCAGUUUAUUUCAUAUGCAAGUUUUAAUUUGAAGUGUGCUUGUGAUUGACAUUAGUGUUUUUAGAGGUUGAAAGUUAAAUGGUAACUUUUUAUUGCCCACUCUUCCUCCACAGGUGUCAUUGUGUCAAACAUACACUAUGUGCGGCUUCCAAACAUUUUUUUUUUUCCUGCUUUGAGUUGGCAUCCAUUAAGUGAAAUGUUAGAAUAUUCACUCUCCACAUUGGAGAAACAAGGACGGAGUCAAAUUUGUUGCAACACUAAGUGGCUCAUUCAGACCAACUAACAGGUUUACCUCAGCAACUUCAGAGAUUUUUGAUUAGGAGCAAAGGGACAUUUCAGGCCAUUGUGUUGAUAUAAACAAGUGUUUGCUCUGAGUUUGAGCUCUGAGUUUUUUCUUUGACACCGGUGAUUAAACGCUUGAAAAAAAGGGUUCCAAUAGCCUUCCUCGUAAUGCCAAAAGAGCAUUUGAGGUCUUACUAUAGUUGUCGUGGAAGUUGGAAACGAAUUUUGUGGUAGCAAUAAAUCAUGGAACUGUGAUUAGGCUAUAUUACAUUGUAUUACCUUAUUAAAAGUGCAUUAAUUGUUUUGUGUGCUCGUCUCUGCUAGUGAAGAUCAGUAGUACCCAUAACGAUUGUUUGGCUGUUGGCUGAAGUGAUGUGGAUUUUUCGUGGAGAUCUUUUGUGAUGCCAAUGUGCCUGCAGCUAGAAAAAAAGGGGCAUCAGAAUCAAAAACUGUUCCUCCUGAUGAAGAAUAUCUGAAAAGUCUUACUCAGCGUUGCACUGAAUAACUCGCCACUUCAGCGGUCCUUAACUGCAAACUUUACGAAGCACCCUCGAACAAACAGACUAUUUAAACAAGUGGGGGUGAGCCCGAGUUGUGUGCUACUUCAUUUAAAAGCUAUGAAUCCGUCUUUACACGCCAUCACAGAGAGGAUACAAACUGUUGGUGCUGGUGCUUUUUUUCUGGGUUUUUUUUUUUUUUUUUGCUGUUUUUUUUGACAAUCUUGUACAGAAGAACGCCACCACUGGAGGGCGUUUGCUGUCAAAGUGUGACAUUUUUAGUGCCGUCAGUUUCCUCACGCAGGUUCCUGUUUCAUCAUUGCACUACACAUUUCUUGUGUAUUUUAUCUAAGCAAGGAGUGCCCCUCUAUUAAGUGAAAACAUUUUAGCAACCAUAUAGCAAUCAUCUUAAGAGAUUUACAUUGGCAUUUAAUACAGGAAAAGUCGCAUUCAUUAAGGACUUGAGGAUAUAAUUAACUUCUCCAAGAGAAGAUUCACUGUUGACUGACUUUAACCUGAUUUCUAGUCGACCCAGCUUGAACAAUGUUUCCCACGAAAAAGGGUCAGAGUGGGUCUGGGCUUCACUCACCUGUCCACAGACGGCCAUUUGCGAACCAGGAACGGAGAACUCUCAGGAUUUCUACUGAUACCCAGUACUGUAUUUAAGUUGUUUUUGUUAUGUGUAAUAUACUGUACUAUAGGUUUGCUGUACUUGCACAGUUUUUUAAAGUUAUCUUCAGUUUCUUUUAUAACUUGAAAAAUAGAUGUGAUUUCUUUUUGUUGUCUCUAGUGGCUGUUUUGUUUUUUCUUUACAUAAUUAUCUGUUUAGUUAUAAUAUAGUAAUCCUGUUCUGUUGAGGGAAAAAAAAAUUACCCGCACGAGUGAUAUAUUUUGAUUUGCUCCCCCCCCUCCACCCCGUAGUACAGUAGUAUCUUUGUAACAUCUCACUGAAACUAAGCAUUACAGUUGAAGUAACUACAUUGUUACAACAUAUUUCAAACACCAGUCAUGUAAUACACAAA